AUGAAGGGGCACCUUAAACCUUUAUUACUGACCUUGAUGAUUGAAGGUCACGAAGUAAAUAAAGUGUUGAUUGAUGGAGGUGCAGUUGUGAAUAUCUUGCCCAGGACAAUGCUGAAGAGGUUUGGGAAGUCCAUGGAUGAUUUGAAGCCUCAUAAUAUAUUGAUUUCAGAUUAUGCAGGAAAGUCUUCACACCCUGAAGGCAUGAUUUUACUCGAUGUUCAGAUUGGAAGUGUGAAAAGGACUACCAUGUUCAUAGUAACCCCCUCGAAGGCUAACUUCAAUGUGCUAUUGGGGCACGAAUGGAUUCACGGGGUAGGAGCUGUCCCUUCCAAGGUGCACCAAAAGAUUUUCUUUUGGAGUGAUGAUGAAGGGCUGGAAGUUCUCGAGGCUGACUAG